AUGAUGUCCACCCCUACUUUGGGGGGUCCUUCCAACGGACACUUAUCUCCUGGCGAUGAAAUCAGCAUGUCUUUCGAUACCGGAGACCACCUAACCGAUAGCGAUUCUCACGAUGCUCCCAACCAUAUGUUCGAUCAACCAUCACCAGCUUCCUCAGACAAUGCGAACCACGACUCAAAUAUGGUCCAAGAUGACACACACAUGUCGGCGAGCGAGCAGUCAAGUGAGGACAAUGCAUCUGACGACGGCGACUUCGAUAUGGAGGAAAGCAUCAUAUCCCAGAACGAAGACGUGGGAGAAGACCACGCCAGCUCUACCGACUCAAAUCGAACCUCUAAGCGCAAAGCUCCUGUCGAAGAAGAAGAUUACAUCAAAGCCAAUCCAGAACUGUAUGGAUUGAGAAGAAGUACGCGACCCCGAGAACAACGAAAAAUUGUCGAAUCCGAUGACUCGGACUCAGAACCACCUGUCAACCGCCGUACAGUCAAACGACGACGUGUCGAGACCUCGCGUCCUUCCUCCAAGAUUGGCACACCAACGUUACGAGCCUCGACGGCCGACUCCGACUCCGACUCAGACAACUAUGGCGGUGCCCGUGCAAAGAGCCUCCAGAAAAAGGCUCGAAUGCAACGCGAGGCACAGCCAGCUCUUGCUCUCGCUGAAAAGCGCUGGUCAAGUCGUCGAGCUGCACAGGUACAACAAGGUGCUUAUGAAGAAAGCGAUGUGGAUGAUGACGAAGAAGAUGAUGAUGAACUCGCUCUCGCCUCCUACACCGUCGAUUAUGUGGAUGACUCUCCAUACAUAGAAAAGGUUGUCCGACAUCGUCUGAAAGAUGGAUUGGAACUGUCUUACAACUCGACAAAGAAUGACUUUGAGUACUUCAUUAAGUGGCAAGGCAAAUCACACUUGCAUGAUACAUGGGAGACAUUCGACGACAUUCGUGGCUACCGCGGAUUUCGCAAAGUCGAAAAUUACUUUAAGAAGUUUGUCGACUACGAACUAGCUAUCCGCUUUGGCACCGAUAUCCCUCCCGAGACCAAAGAGCAGUUCUUCCUAGACCGCGAGCGAGACGAGGAGGCAUACGAAGACUACACAAAGGUCGAACGUGUUGUGGCUGUACGAGAUGGUGAAGAUGAGACCGAGUACCUUGUCAAAUGGAAAGGUCUCACCUACGAAGAGUGCACAUGGGAGGUCGCGUCAGAUAUUAGCGACGCGUUCCAAGAUCAAAUUGACCAGUAUCUUGAUCGAGCAUCACGCUCCUGGCAAUCAGAUCGCAAGGAGACGAACCCUGAUACGCGAUCACGUAUGGUAAAACUCGAAGAACAGCCGGACUUCAUCAAAGGCGGCGAGCUUCGCAACUUUCAGCUGAGGGGUCUUAACUUCCUCUGCCUCAACUGGACGAAAGGCAACAACGUCAUUCUCGCAGAUGAGAUGGGUCUUGGAAAAACAGUCCAGACCGUAUCAUUUCUGAGCUGGCUUCGCAAUGCUCGUCAUCAAGAAGGACCGUCCCUCGUGGUUGCGCCUCUCAGUGUUAUUCCCGCUUGGUGCGAUACCUUUAACCAUUGGUCCCCGGAUCUCAACUACGUUGUCUACCUGGGACCUGAGGAUGCUCGAAACAUCAUUCGCGAGCAUGAGCUACUUGUGGAUGGAAACCCCAAAAAGCCCAAAUUCAACAUCUUAGUCACGUCGUAUGAGUUUAUCCUCCAAGACUGGCAAUUCUUACAGUCCAUUAAAUGGCAAACCCUUGCUGUUGAUGAGGCGCAUCGACUCAAGAACCGCGAGUCGCAACUAUACAACCGGCUGGUGAGCUUCGGCAUCCCUUGCAAAAUCCUGAUUACAGGCACACCUAUUCAAAACAAUCUGGCCGAGCUAUCUGCUUUACUCGACUUCCUGAAUCCUGGCAAGGUUGACAUCGACGAAGAUCUCGAUUCUUUGUCAGCCAAUGAUGCACAGGAAAAGCUCCAGCAGCUGCACAAGGCCAUUGCACCAUAUAUCCUCCGGAGAACCAAAGAGACUGUCGAAUCAGACCUGCCACCAAAGACAGAGAAGAUCAUUCGUGUUGAGCUUUCAGACGUACAGCUGGACUACUACAAGAACAUUUUAACCCGUAACUACACAGCCCUUUGUGAUGCUACGAAUGGCCACAAAAACUCUCUUCUCAACAUCAUGAUGGAGUUGAAAAAGAUCAGUAACCAUCCGUAUAUGUUUCCAGGUGCCGAGGAGAAGGUAUUGGCUGGCAGUGUGCGUCGAGAAGACCAGAUCAAGGGCUUGAUUGCGAGUAGUGGAAAGAUGAUGUUGCUUGACCAGCUUCUGUCAAAGUUGAACAAGGAUGGCCAUCGAGUUCUGAUCUUCAGCCAGAUGGUCAAAAUGCUCGACAUUCUUGGAGAUUACUGCUCCUUGCGAGGCUAUAAGUUUCAAAGAUUGGAUGGUACCAUUGCAGCGGGCCCCCGACGCAUGGCUAUCAAUCAUUUCAACGCCGAGGAUAGCGAAGAUUUCUGCUUCCUUCUCUCCACUCGAGCAGGUGGUCUUGGAAUCAAUUUGAUGACAGCAGAUACUGUCAUCAUUUUUGAUUCUGAUUGGAACCCCCAAGCGGAUUUGCAGGCAAUGGCUCGUGCGCAUCGUAUAGGCCAGAAGCGGCCUGUCAACAUCUAUCGUCUGGUAUCCAAGGAGACUGUCGAGGAAGAAGUUCUAGAGCGAGCUCGCAACAAGCUUCUCCUUGAGUAUUUAACUAUCCAGGCUGGUGUUACUGACGACGGCAAAGCGGCAUUCAAAGAGGAAUUGAACAAGAAGGGCUUAAGAGUCGAGGGCCCCUCGUCCUCGGAAGAUAUUCAAAUGGUUCUUAAAAUGCGCUCGUCCAAAAUGUUUGAGCAGAGUGGCAACCAAGAACGUCUUGAACAGCUUGACAUCGACUCCAUUCUCGAGAACGCUGAAAUCACCAAGACCAAGGUGGACGACAAGAUCAAUCUUAGUACCGGUGGCAUUGACUGGGACAACUUCAUGCAGAUCACCGACGUCAAGGUUGAUGACAUCAACCUUGAUUGGGAUCAGAUUAUUCCCGCUGACAAGCUUGCCGAGAUCAAGCUUGAAGAAGAAAAGAAACAGCAUGAAGCCUACGUUGCUAAGGUUGCUGCUGAAAGCGCACCGCGAAGGGCAACGAUCAAGAAUCGCCACAACGAGAAUGACCGUGCCGAUCGUCUCAAGAAGCGCCAAAAGGAACAGCGAGACAAGGAGGAAGACGAUAAACGAACCUUGCUUGCCGACCCCAAGCGUCCUUUGACCGACAAGGAGCAACGCAGUCUUAUCAAGGCCUACUUCCGAUAUGGUUCUAUGGAUGAUCGUGGCAAUGAAAUUAUCAAAGACGCCAAACUCAAGGAGAGAGAUCAAGACUAUGUCAAGUCUGUCCUCGAUGAGUUUAUCAAGGCAGCCAAAGAAGCCGUUGACGAGAACUACGCUCAGAUGAUGGAAGAGGAGAAGAGGCUUGGAAAAACUCUUACAAAGAAGGAUCGCAAGGCAGUUCUGAUUGACUUUGCAGACUUGAAGAAAGUGAACGCUGAAACGGCUAUCGAGCGUCCCAAACAGCUUCAGCUUCUUCGACAGGCUAUCCAUAGCCACAGUGACUGGCACUCUUUUCGCCUGCCUGACGCGACAAAGGCCGCCAACUAUUCAUGUGCUUGGGGCGCCAAAGAAGAUGCUAUGCUUCUGGUCGGCAUUGACAGACACGGUUUUGGUGCCUGGCCACAGAUUCGCGAUGAUCCUGACUUGGAUAUGGCUGACAAGCUCUUCCUUGAAGAACAUCGCGUUGAGAAGAAGGAAGAACGCAGCAAGGGCAAUGAUAAGAUGAAGGCCCCUGGUGCAGUGCACCUUGUUCGUCGCUCAGAGUAUCUGCUCUCUGUCCUGCAAGCGAAGCAUUCCAAUGACCGAGGCGUACAACGAGCGGUGGAGAACCAUCAUCGGAACAACAAAAAGUCACUUGCUAAUGGUCAUCGUGGAAGUGCCACGGCAUCUCCUGCUCCCCACAAUGGAAAGAAGCAUCGUGAUCGUGACAGAGAACAUCUCCAUGGGGAUCUUCACCGAUCCCGUAGCCAUGCUGACGAGCGUGGCACUCCACGACCCGACUACAAGCGCAAACACCUAUCACACGAAGAUAGUCGAAGUCCUAAACACCGGCGUCUCGAGGAGCAUCGUCGCUCCAGUAAACAUGGAGAGGACAGAGAUAGAUCGGAGAAGCGUCGAUACCGUGAUGAUGAGGACCGUCGUGAUGAGCGUCGCGACGACCGACGGCAUGACAAGCAUCGCCUUAGCUACAGUCAUCGUGAAGACCGACGUGAAGACCGACGUGAGGACCGACGUGAUGAUCGACGUGAUGAUCGACGUGAUGACCGUCGUGAUGAGCGCAGAGAUGAGCGCAGGGACGACCGUCGCCAUGAUCGUCACCGCGAAGAUCGUGAGCGUGAGCGCGAACGAGCUCAGGACUCAUACCCACAGGACGAGCGCCGAGCUAAAGCUCUUCGUCGGCUAGAUGAGCUUCGCCGAGUUGGCGAUAACAAAGAUCAACGAGCCCAGGACAACGAUGCCAUGAUAUGGUUCCUACUGAAACCGGUCCGCGAAAACUUCGAGAAAAUUCUUUCUACAACCAAGGACAAGGUCAAGUCUAGCAAAGAGCGGGCAAGCAUUUUUGGGGCGGAGUUGGUCGUUAUCGGCACCUUUCUCGACGAAAAGCUAGCGGCCACUGCUGCCGAUGAGGGCCUGAAGAGUAAUUUCUGGGACUUUUUGGCAGCCCUUUGGCCUGUGGACGAUACAAGCAAGAGCGUCACUGGAAAACGACUGAGCAACAUGUAUCGCACUCUUCAUGCCCGAGAAAAAGAUUCUGGCUCGGCCAAGACCAACGGUGCAUAA